AUGUCUGGAGAAGAAAAAGAGCUUCUGGCUCGCAUCGGGCAACUUGCCGGCCAGAUCAACAGACACAAAAGUCAACAGGCUGGAGUCGGAGCCACUUCGAGUCGCCAAGCAAGCGACUACCGAGGUUCGUCUACGAUUGACACAUCGAGUUUUCAUGGUUCUGACUUUGGCAAAGGGGAAAAUGUAUAUCGCCCACCCCGCGCUUAUAAUGGCUCGGCAUACAGAGUAGGACGAUUGCACAACAACCAUCGCCAUCGUACACUUCACCUGAACCAAUCUCGGCCGCCAUCUGACUCCAACACCCCAAGUCCAGGCUCAACAACACCUGGAAACAGUGGCUGGGUAUCCAGAAACGACCGACAUCGACAGCUAAUCAAUGCCAACGUCUUUGAGAAGGAUACCCAGAACCGCGCCAAGGCAAUAGAGGAGACGAGGCAGAAGAAGCUGCAGGAUCGGAAGACGCGCGAGAAAACCCAGUUGCUGGCUUUUUUACGCCAUCAGACCCGCACGGCUGAUGCGGUUGCUAAUCCCAAACCUGGCACAGGCAGAGCUGAGAUUGUGAUUGAAGGCAUUCGUUUCCACAUCGCCGAUGGCGGCAAGAAGCUUGUUAAAUCGCCAGGUUCCUGCCCCAAGGGCCCAUCGUGUCGAUUUCAACAUGACCCUGCCAAGGUGGCUGUUUGCAAAGACUUUUUGAAAGACGGCAAGUGUCCCAACGGCGAGUCGUGCGACCUUUCCCAUGAUGUUUGCCCCGAACGCGUCCCGAAUUGCUUGCACUAUGCAAAAGGCCACUGCACAAAGGCCGAUUGUCCAUACACGCACUCUAGAGCACCCCCCGGCGCCUUGGUUUGCGAGGCAUUCGGUUUCUACGGGUACUGUGACAAGGGAGCGCUGUGCACCGAGCGUCAUGUUUUUGAGUGCCCAGACUUUAGCAACACGGGGUUUUGCAGGACUAAAGGAUGUAAACUCCUCCACCGUGAAAGGGCAAGCGUCCUGCGAAACCAGGCCAAAGCCAACGAAGUUAUGGACGAAGACGUUUCCAGCGAUGACGAAGCAGUGGAUUCGGACGACGUCGACUCAGAUGAGGUUGCAGAAUUCAUCGAAGCAGAGUCAGACGACUCUGACUUUGAGAACCAAAAGGACUUUAUACCCCUCUAG